CAGUGCUUUUCCCGCUGCCAAAGUCGAAACCAACCGAAACGAGAGUGACGACCAUUGGGUGUAGGGAGUGUUAACGGUGGAGGGGCUGAAUGAUGGUGGUAGCACUGUCCAAGAGGGGUGGCGAGAGAAAGAGGGAGACAUCUCUGGAUCGGUGGCACUCAUCCGAAUCCAUUCAUUAGGAACAUUCAUCAGACAAAGCCGAUCGUUUAAAUAGUAUACAUCGACCACUAUCAUGCAAUCUUCGGAUAUCUGCAUGUUCUACUUACGAGGCGCUUGCCGGUUCGGCAGUCGGUGUUGGAACUCCCACGACUUGACAUACCGAUCGCCGAAGGCUCAAGCACUUGCAGCAGCUGCAACGGCAGCUUAUUACGAACAAGGUUGUUCAGUAAUGACUCCGAGUACCAGUACUAGUACUAGUAUCAGUACCAGUACCAAUACCAAUACCAACACCAGUUCCAAUACCACUAUCAGUACUAAUACAAAUACCAGUACAAGCGCAAGUACCAGUACAAAAGGCAUAUCUACACAAGUACAACCACAAGGACUUCAACUUCUUCUUGAAGCAUCAAUGAAACCAGUAUUAAAACAGUCUGACGAAUCUGGAAUAGAAAUAGAAAAAGUGGCGACCGAACUUUCUGUGGCAAUGAAAACAGGAAAUGGCAAAAGCGUAAAAGAGACUGCAAGUAAAUUACAUGCACUUCAUCAAAAAAAGCAGAAAGAAAGUACUGAAAAUGAUAAUUCUGCAUGGAGUGAUAUUAUACAGUGUGCUAUUGACAAUGAUUUACAGUGCAAUGUCUGUUUUGAGAUCUUUAUUAAGCCAACAGUCCUUAACUGUUCACACACGUUUUGUGAAUCAUGCAUUCAUGUUUGGACUAAGCGUGUCAAAAAAUGUCCAAUUUGUCGUGUUCAUAUUAGAUCAAAAUCAUAUUGUUUGACUUUGGAUAGCUUCAUAGAGAAAAUUGUUGAACAAUUGCCUAAGGAAAUUAAACAUAAGCGUGGGGUAGCAAUAAAAGACCGCAACAAGAUGAAAAUUGAUAAACCACGACCGAACAAUAGAUUAAACGGCAUAGAUCUUGCCGCUUUAUUGAGUUUGGAAGAGCUGAUCGAGGCUGACUCACCACUACAAUUCCUCUCAAUGGACCAAGAUGAUGAUAUCGAUGAAGAUAUGAUUGUCGAGGAAUCAGAAAUGUUCAGAAUGAAUUUACACGAUACAGUUGUAAGCACUGGAGGUGUAAACCCUCUGAUGAGUUAUAUUGUUGCUGACGAGGAGCAAACCUCAAAUAGAUCUAUAGCUCGGCAACGUAACUCUUCCGCUCGUCACUAAAUUAAGUCAUUUCAUACUUACAUAAUUGUUUUAUUUUAUGAUUAGGUAUUAUUUAAUCAGUGAACAUUAUCACUCAGAUUUUUAAAUUAGUUAUAAUUUUUCUUAGUUUUAUUAAAACAUUUACGAUUAUGAUGUUUUUAUAGUUAGUAUGUACCUACUCUUUUAUGUCUAUAAAUUAUUUUAAUUCCUACCCAGUGGCAUAUACAUAUGUUUUGUAAGGGCCAAGAGAGGAUCCGAGUUAAAA